GCGGGCCUGCAAGAAUUUACACGUUUAAACAGCCGUGAUCCUUUAUUCCUAAUGAUGUGUUAUAUCGUUUAAAUUCAGUAUACUCUGGCAUCAAUAGCAGCAACGGCAGAGAGGCAUAGAGGGUCGUUUGUGUUCAGCUUAAUAUAUCAUCGUAGUUUUUAAUCGUUAUUUUAGUCAGCGGUGUGUCUUGUGCGCCUCGGGUUCUGAACUUUGAGAUGGAAAAAUACAGGCCCGGGCUGGCACUGCUUGUGACAUUAUGUGCUGCUAGAACAGCAGGCAAGCACAGCAACACACUGGUAUAAAAGACUAUUUCAGGUUCGAUUCCUAUUCAGGCUAUUUUUUGAUUGCUGUUUGCGAUUGCUGCAGACUCAACUCGUCUGUAUUUCUUUCUAUUUGCUUGCAGUUUGUCUUUGCAUGCGAAACCACACUUAAACAUGGUCGGAUGGGCGGUUUAGUAAAGCUUCCGCUCCAGUGUUUUACUAUCUACAGGCUAUAUAACUAAACUGGAGUGUAGGCUCUAACUGUGUUAGCAGACUGGAUUAGCUGGGGGUUAGCUUGGCAUCGUGGCUAUCUAGCCAGCACGCUAAUAAUGUCUCGGCUGGAUAGCUGCUAACAUCAGCAAGGCCGCCAUUGGAGUCGUGCGUGCGGUUUGUCGACUGCUGCCGCAGUGAAGGAGUGCUUCGGUCCAACUUUUGGUGCUCCCUGAAAGCCCAAAAGUUUCCAGAAAACCCACCAUUUUAAGGACUCCGUUUUCAAGUUCAGCAAAUCUACAAUUUUACCAAAGUCUGCUUGACAACAAGAGCAACAGCGCGGCACAACACAAGACAAAGGUCUAUCCCCCCGAUUCUUUAGUAGGUCAUCAUCCGGCAAGAAAACGGAGGUCGUGGGGUUGGAGUGUGUUCUCAUGGCCGAGUCAGAGACUGAAUGUGACACACCCGGCCUUGACACACUUGGGUCGGAGUGUGUCAUAGCCCACAGCCAUGUCGACCUUCACUAUGGCGCAGAAACUGAGAUUAUGACAGAAGAAAAGCGUGGAUUAGAGCUGGAAAUCCACGGUUCAGACUUAAAGAUCCAGGGACUGGGGACAGAGCUCGGAGCUGUAGCGUGUGUGGAUGCAAUUGUAGCCGAGACAGACCAUGAUUACAUUAAAGUGGAACAUGGUGACAUGCACUGUUUCACUGGAGCUGAAAUCAAGACGACGGGAAACGAGGCUCUGCUGGGAGAGGUGCUGCUUAAGACGGAAAGUGAACAUGUGGUAAAAGUGGAGUCUGACCAUGGCGGGGAGCUGACAGUUGAGUCUGAAAACGGUGUAAUCAUACAUGAAGCCCAUGGCCUGCAGUGCAACGAGUGCGGGGAAAUUUUUGGCAGCAUAGCUGAUCUUCACCAGCACUUUGAGAUCCACAAGGACCUCAACCCUUACAUCUGUGUCCACUGUGGUGAGAGCUUUGCUGUAGAGGCCAGUCUCAAGCAGCAUAUGAAAAUUCACAUGAAAGAGAAGCCCUAUGUCUCUCCAGGAGUUGAGAUGAUGGGCAAAGAUGUUAUUGAUGCCUUCAGCCUUAAGUCUCAUCAGAUGAUUCAUUUGCCAGACAAGCCCCACAGAUGCUCAGAGUGUGGUAAGAGCUUUGCAGCUGCAAUCACCCUAAGGGAACACAUGAAGAUGCAUUCAGAGGACAAACCCUACAAGUGCACUCAGUGUCGGAAGAGCUUUGUCCGCAGAAGGCAUCUGAAAAAACACCAGGAGGUGCACGCACGUGAGAAGCCAUAUACCUGUGGGCAGUGUGGCAAAGGCUUUGCUACAUCUUCAAACCUGAAGCAGCACCAGAAGACCCAUGCUGCGGUCGUGCUUGGAGACAAACCCCACCGAUGCGCACAGUGCGGGAAGUGUUUUGCUGCAGCCGCCACUCUGAGAGAGCACCAGAGGAUCCACUCGGGCGAGAAACCGUACAAAUGCAACAUGUGCAGGAAGAGUUUUGUCCGCAAACGUCAUCUGAAGAAGCACCAGCAAGUCCAUGCCGGAGGCAAGCCCUACACCUGCAGACACUGCAACAAGGGCUUUAAUCACUCCUCUUCACUCUCCCGUCAUCACAAGACACACCUGCAGAAUCCAGUGUUUUCUCCACCUCAGCCUGGGAAACCCAUGACCUACGGCACUCCCCCAAAGCAGAGAGUGCACCAGCAGGGAGAGAAGCCCUACAUGUGUCACCACUGUGAUAAGGGCUUCAAUCAUUCCUCUUCCUUGUCGCGGCACCAAAGAGUCCACUCUGAGGGAAAGAGCUACACCUGUGCUCACUGUGGCAAAAGAUUCAAUCACUCCUCCUCACUUGCAAGGCAUCAGAGAGUUCACUUGGAGAACAAGCAACAACAGCAGCAGCCGCAACCACCGCAGGCACAACAGCAGCAGUACACCACCAUCCCCACAGGGAAGGGAUUCCCCAACAAUACCUUCCCAAAGCAGCGCAUCCUGACGGUUGAAAAGCCAUACAGAUGCUCCCAAUGUGGAAAAGGCUUUAACCAUUCUUCUUCCCUCUCCAGACAUCAUAGGAUCCACGUAGACCAGUGAGCACCCUUUUCCCACCCUCACAUGUGGUCCCAUGCAACGCGGCUCCCCCCGCUCCCAAGAAACCCUCCCUUAUCCUAUCCUCAUUUAUGUUCUACCAAUGUUCUCUUCAUUGAUAUUACCACAUGACAGGAAAUGCCAGACCCAGCUUCUAUAGACAGGAGAGGUCAGGUAAGCACAUGACGCUGAAGUGGAGCAGCUGAGAAUGGAUGGACAGUAACACACAAGUCUUCAAAAGGACGCGGCUUGGCCUGAAAGACUGCAACCUAUAAUUCAGAGCUGAACCCGGGGCUUUGUGCUCAGUUUAAAGAGGGUAUAAUAAUAGAUUCUUGAAGAAGUCUCUAUUCUUGUUUGUGAUUAUGCUUCACAUGCUCCAGGACCUCUUUUCGAACACUUUUAAAGAAAACAAAAUGUGAUUUGAAGAUCUACAUUAUAAAUUUGUUACCUGGGGGAGCGGUGGGGGGGAAAUGUGUUUCGCCCACUGGAUGGUUUUUCAGUCAUGCACCUUCAGGUGGGCAAAUAAGCUUUUCAGCUGCAACUUUAUCCAAGGUUACCGACACAAUUGGUGAACGAGAACUGUUUCGAUUUAAAUAGCUCUUUCAUUUUCUCUCACACAACCCAUGUGAAGCAAAUAUCAGAAAUCCAAUGUAAAUAAUAUUGAUUUUCUUUUAUAUAUAUGUAUAGGUGACUAGUGUGAUGUUUCAAAAGAUUACAUUUUUGAUAGUAAGCUCCACUUUGUCUCCAUUUUUUUUUUUUUUUUUUUUUUUAAAGUGCUGGAGAUCAAAUUGUUGCAGGUGUUCAGUUGCAGCUUGUUCUUGACAUUGGGCUCCACCAGACUUGAGCCAUCCUGUAUAUUUAUAAGGUUGUUAUUUUGUAUGUCUAUGAUGAGUUGGCGUUGCUGCAUAGACUGUACAGAGAGCAAUACUGGCUGGCUGACACACUGUCUAUUAUGACCUGCGGUUUAGCCAUAAAGAAAUGCAUAAUAGAAAAUAAAAACCUAAUGGGUAGCAUAUUCCAACAUGAGCCGUGUCCUAAUUAUUUACCGUGCGGUUUCCUCUGUACCCAAGCACCAAAUGUACAUUAAAUGCAACAUCACACUUUAUUCCUUUGGAGACUAAUUCAAUUACCUGUGUAUAGCAUAUAGGUAACUCUUACUCAUGUUGAUCUGCGAACUAUCACAAUUUGAUCUAAAUGGAGAGAGAAAAAAGAUUGUGUAUACUAAAAGACUACAUGAGAAAAUCUCACUUUUACAAGAUUUUCCAAUGUCCAACGGAUAGCGUUCUAUUUACUGUUCUGUGUAAAAUAUCUUUUACAAACUGAUGUAUUUUUUUAGAUACAGCUUGGGCUAUAUGAAAGGGAAUGAGAGAGAUACAGUUUUUAUCAGAGUGAACAUUUUGGUGAGCAAUAUUCUUUUUAUUUCAAUAACAGUUGUGCUUCACUGUAGCAUAGGUUUCUUCCUUGUGUUAGAUAGGUGCCUUAUUGCAUGCUAUGUAGAAAUGUAUGCCGAGCUGUUGAGAAAAAAAAGUUAGGGGUUCCAGGAGUCUUUUGUUCUUAUUCAUACUAACUUUACCCUACAUUUUAAUUUGAUGUCACUGAUACCUAUUUUUUUGCUUUUUUUGCUUUUGUGUAUAUUACCAUGUGUUUACACUGUUACUACCAUAUUGUCUAUUUUUUUUGCCCCUUCAUUUUUGUCAAUGGCCUCACUGUAGAGAGAAAACAUGUAAAAGAUCCAUAUAGACUUCUCUUAAGGGCAAAUCCUGUAACACCUCUUCCCAGUUUGAGUGGCACAUAUAUGGAUAAAUAAAGGUUGUUGACUACCU